CGCCAGGAGCGCGUCAUGUUCGACAAGAUCACGUCGCGCAUCCAGAAGCUCUGCUACGGCCUCAACGCCGACUUCGUGGACCCCGCCCAGAUCACCAUGAAGGUGAUCCAGGGGCUGUACAGUGGGGUCACCACAGUGGAGCUGGACACCCUGGCUGCUGAGACAGCGGCCACCCUGACCACCAAGCACCCCGACUACGCCAUCCUGGCCGCCCGCAUCGCCGUCUCCAACCUGCACAAGGAGACCAAGAAAGUGUUCAGUGAUGUGAUGGAUGAUCUCUACAACUACAUCAACCCCCACAACGGGAAGCACUCCCCCAUGAUCUCCAAAGAAACUCUAGACAUAGUUUUGGCCAACAAAGAUCGCCUGAAUUCUGCCAUUAUCUACGACAGAGACUUCUCCUACAACUAUUUUGGGUUUAAGACUCUGGAGCGCUCCUACCUGCUGAAAAUCAACUCAAAAGUGGCCGAGCGUCCCCAGCACAUGCUGAUGAGGGUGUCUGUGGGGAUCCACAAACACGACAUCGACGCUGCCAUCGAGACCUACAACCUCCUGUCCGAGCGCUGGUUCACACACGCCUCCCCCACCCUCUUCAACGCCGGCACCAACCGGCCCCAGCUCUCCAGCUGUUUCCUGCUGUGCAUGAAGGACGACAGCAUCGAGGGGAUCUACGACACCCUCAAGCAGUGCGCGCUCAUCUCCAAGUCUGCUGGUGGGAUUGGCCUGGCUGUGAGCUGCAUCCGAGCCACAGGCAGCUACAUUGCUGGGACCAAUGGGAACUCCAAUGGGCUGGUUCCAAUGCUGAGGGUCUACAACAACACUGCUCGUUAUGUGGAUCAAGGUGGAAACAAGAGACCUGGGGCUUUUGCCAUCUACCUGGAGCCGUGGCACUUGGACAUCUUUGAGUUCCUUGACUUGAAGAAGAACACUGGGAAAGAAGAGCAGCGAGCCAGAGACCUUUUCUUUGCCCUCUGGAUUCCUGAUCUCUUCAUGAAGCGAGUUGAGACCAACCAGGACUGGUCCUUGAUGUGUCCCAAUGAGUGUCCUGGCCUCGAUGAGGUCUGGGGAGAGGAAUUUGAGAAACUCUAUGAAAGCUACGAGCGGCAGGGCCGUGCCCGGCGGGUGGUGAAGGCCCAGCAGCUCUGGUACGCCAUCAUCGAGUCGCAGACCGAGACGGGCACCCCCUACAUGCUCUACAAGGACUCCUGCAACCGCAAGAGCAACCAGCAGAACCUGGGGACCAUCAAGAGCAGCAACCUGUGCACAGAGAUCAUGGAGUACACCAGCAAGGAUGAGGUGGCAGUCUGCAACUUGGCCUCCAUCGCCCUCAACAUGUACGUCACUGCAGAGCACACCUACGACUUCAAGAAGCUGGCUGAGGUCACCAAGGUCAUCGUCCGAAACCUCAACAAAAUCAUCGACAUCAACUACUACCCUGUGCCAGAGGCCGAGCGCUCCAACCGGCGCCACCGGCCCAUUGGCAUCGGGGUGCAGGGCCUGGCUGAUGCCUUCAUCCUGAUGAGGUUUCCCUUCGAGAGCCCCCAGGCCCAGCUCCUGAACCAGCACAUCUUUGAGACCAUUUAUUACGGUGCCUUGGAAGCCAGUUGUGAGCUGGCCAAGGAGCAAGGGCCCUAUGAAACCUAUGAGGGUUCUCCUGUCAGCAAAGGGAUUCUACAGUAUGACAUGUGGAAUGUCACCCCAUCUGAUCUCUGGGACUGGAAGGCUUUAAAGGAGAAGAUUGCCAAGUACGGUGUCAGGAACAGCCUCCUCCUUUCCCCCAUGCCAACUGCUUCCACUGCUCAGAUCUUGGGCAACAACGAGUCCAUCGAGCCCUACACCAGUAACAUCUACACACGCAGGGUCCUCUCAGGGGAGUUCCAGGUUGUGAAUCCACACUUGUUGAAAGAUCUCACGGAGCGGGGCCUGUGGAAUGAGGAGAUGAAGAACCAGAUCAUUGCCCACAAUGGUUCUAUCCAGAACAUAUCUGAGAUUCCCGAGGACUUGAAGCAGCUGUAUAAGACAGUGUGGGAGAUCUCCCAGAAAACCAUCCUGAAGAUGGCAGCAGACAGAGGAGCUUUCAUCGACCAGAGCCAGUCUCUCAACAUCCACAUUGCAGAGCCCAACUACGGGAAGCUCACCAGCAUGCACUUCUAUGGCUGGAAGCAGGGUCUGAAGACUGGCAUGUACUAUCUGAGGACAAAACCAGCUGCCAACCCCAUCCAGUUCACCCUGAACAAGGAGAAGCUCAGGGAGCGGGAGAAGGCUUCCAAGGAAGAGGAGGAGAAGGAGAGGAAUAAAGCAGCCAUGGUUUGCUCCCUGGAGAACCGGGAUGAGUGUUUGAUGUGUGGCUCCUAA